AUGCUAGUGGUAGCAUUGGUGGCGGCAUCGGUGGCGGCAUCGGUGGUGGCUCUGGGCAUGGGAGACACAGCGGCAACAGUGGAAGCGGAUCAUCAAGUGGUGGCGGAAAAGGCGAUGGCGGCACUGCAGUGGCAGCAUUGGUGGCGGCAUCAUGGUGGUGGCUCCGGGCACGGGAGCCAAAGCGGCAGCAGUGGAAGCGGAUCAUCAAGUGGCUGGCGGAAAAGGCGAUUGGGGCACUGC